AUGGCGAAAAGAAAGGCAGAUUCCCUUACGCAAGGGCGAUCCGAGAAUAGUGCCAAAAAAAUCAAGCAAGAAGAAGGGCCCAAGAAAGCAAACUUACUGGACGACAGUGAUUCUGCUAGCAGCGAUGAAUCUAUGGGAGGGGUUAAGUUGGAAGAACCAGGAUUCAAAAUCAACAAGGAGUAUGCAAAGCGAUUUGAGCACAACUCCAAGCGGGAGGAAUUACAAAGACUGGAGGAGAAAUACAACAAACCUGUGAAACCCAUCAAAGGCCAGUAUGGAGACAAGUACGAUGAAGACUCCGAAUCUUCCGACGACGAGGAUGAAGAUGACGAGGGCUUUCUGGCCACAGAGGAGCUGGAUGCAGAAAUUUCGGCAACCCUUGAAGCUUUGAAGUCAAAAGAUCCCCGAGUAUAUGAUGAGAAGGUCACUUUUUACAAGCCGAUUAAGGAGGGCGCAGAAGAAGGUGCUACACCAGCGAAGAAAGAAAAGCCCAUGUACCUGAGCGAUUACCACAGAGAGAAGCUACUGAAGGGGGACAUCGGUGCUGAGGACGAAGACGAAGAGGCCCCGCGGACAUUUGUACAAGAGCAAGAGGAUCUCAAGCGAAAGGUUGUCAAAGAGAUGCAUGCCGCAGCAGAGGAUGAUCCCGAUUCUGGCGAUGACGAAGAUGGAGGAUUUCUCAUUCCAAAGUCGAAACCUCAACCAACGACCCAAGGAAUGCAUCCCUCAAGAGCUGCUAAAGUUAAGGUUAAUUUGGAUGUCGAAAGUGCCGAUAAGGACCCUGAGACUUUCCUUUCCAACUUUAUGGCAGCACGAGCCUGGGUACCUGGUGAAAGCUCACGACAUCUACCAUUCGAAUCGGACGACGAGGAGGAAGAUGAGAGGGCGGAAAAGUUUGAGAGUGCUUACAACCUCCGGUUCGAGGAUCCGAAAGGCAGCAAUGAGAUGCUGAAAUCAUAUGCCAGAGAUAUCAUUCAGGCAAAGUCGGUCCGGCGAGAGGAGCCAAAUAGUAGGAAGAAGCAGCGAGACACCCUGAGGGAGAAACGUGAGGCCGAAAAAGCGGAGCGAGAUCAGGAUAGGACUCGACUGAGGCAAUUGAAGAUCGGGGAGAUGGAAGAGAAGCUCCAGAAGAUCAAAAAGGCAGCCGGUAUCAAGGGCAAGACUCUCAAGGACGAAGAAUGGACAAAGUUCUUGGAUGAGAACUGGGAUGAUGAUUCGUGGGAAGCGGAGAUGAACAAGCGAUUUGGAGAGGACUAUUACGCCGAAGCUGAGGCAGGGUCAGACGACGAUAGCGAGGCCGAGAGCAAAAAAAAGAAGAACCCUAAGAAGCCAAAGUGGGACGACGAUAUCGAUAUCAAGGAUCUCAUUCCCGACUUUGUGGACGAUGACGGUAAAGAGAAGCCCGCAUUUACUCUCUCUGACUCGGAGGAUCAAGAGGAAGAAGACGAAGAUGGCGAAACACCCAGGAAUGGCAAAACUAGCAAGGAUCGGAUGCAAGAAAAGCAGGCCAAGAAGAAGGCAGCUCGUCUGGAACGCAAGAGAAUCGAAGAGAUUGUUGAUGGCCAUCUAGACAUUGACCUCCCUCUCAAGUCUAAGGGACCCACUGCUUUCCGGUACCGCGAGACAUCACCCAUCUCCUUUGGCCUAACCGCACGAGACAUCCUCAUGGCGCCUGAUUCACAACUCAAUUCAUUCGCUGGCUUGAAGAAAAUGGCUGCAUUCCGAGACCCUGAGAAGAAGAGGAAAGACAAGAAGAAUCUAGGCAAGAAAGCUAGACUUCGGCAAUGGAGAAAGGAGACAUUUGGCAACGAGGAUGGGCCGGAGGUUGUUAUUGGUGCUAAUGCUGGAGAAAGUUCAUUGGCUGCCGAGGAUAUGAACAUUAUCGAGGGCAAGAAAAAGAAGAAGAGGUCGCGCAAGACCAAGGGACCUAAGGUUGAUGCUUAG